CAGCCCAACAUGUAGUUCUCCAAGCAAGCCCGUCAUGCCGUAAUUAUCGCCAAUAUAUCAAUAAGGCAGUUGGGUAAUAUUCAUGCAGCUGCUGGUUCCAAGACACCGGAUCAUUCCGGAGGUUGGAGGUCUCGGCCCUGAGAUGAGUUGGCAAAGAACCACAACCUUCUCUAUUCGUCCACCCAAACAGACGUUUUGGAAGGCACAAAUAACAACCAAAAUCCACCACAACCUCAGGGGUUUUCCGCAUCUCAGAAUCGUGAUGUCUUUCCAUGUCUCCGUAUCUCAAAAGAAAAGCUGAGGAUCGUUGCCCUGUCCGGCAAGUGCCGUUUGACUCUUGCCACUGGUAUCUUGACGCUGCCAAGGCCGGGAAGCCUGGGGAAAGUGUGGGAUGCCGACAGGCCGGGAGGUCAAGACAUGGGAGGAUGAUGCCAUCUGGAUAUCAAAAUCGAGGGUUCACCUUGCUUAUAACCUGUCAACUUGUCAGUUCUUCAGGGUCCUUUCCCAACUCCAAUUCGAACAGACAUAGCAAUUGGAUCCGGCCGAUUGGUUGCUGUCGGCGGCGUUGAUCGGAAACUUUUUAUUAGCCUCGUGGAACCUUUACAGCCGAACGGGGCUAGAAGAGUUGGCAGCGAUCCUUGUGAAUUUUUUACCAUGAUCGAAACCCAGCCCGGCGAUAAAGCACUUUGCACUUUUCAGGGGGGAGGGGGGGGCUUGAAACUUCGGUUGAGAAUCGGUCUAUGAAAGUUUACACUUUGAAGGCGGCGGGCUGGACUUGCGGUGACAGCUGCUGCAUGUGAGAAGCUGGAAGGAAGCCCACACACAACGCACCCCGGGUGGCCGUUGAUGCAAUUCCAGGCAAAAUCCUGCCACAGAAAAAUGGCUCCCCUUCGGCCGCUCACUACCAGAGAAAGAAAAAGACUGGAGCCUCGGGCUUAACCGGCAACUGCGUUGCUGUUAGCGCUACUGUGCCGGCCAGUGAUAAGGCUGGAAAUGGAGCAGAAAGGCAGUGGAUGGCUGGCGAUGGCCCGUGCCCGCACUGACAAGGGGUGCCGGGAAGACUCGCAAAGCUCAAAAGCUGGUCUCUUCCAAGGCCCACUUGUCGAAUUUUUUUCCCUCUCCCCCCCCAAACCCUCUCGUCCGCAGAAUUUAAUUCUCGCGACCUCCCCAUCUCUUCCCGUUUCCAAUCUCUCACCGCAGAGAUCUCUCCACUCAUUCUUUUCUAAUCGAGGCCGACUUGAUCAGAAAACUUCAAAAUGUCUGACGCUAAGCCUCACGUUUUGGGCAUGCCCCCCUUCGUGGUGGACUUCUUGAUGGGUGGUGUCUCCGCCGCCGUCUCGAAGACCGCUGCUGCUCCCAUCGAGCGCAUCAAGCUUCUCGUUCAGAACCAGGAUGAGAUGAUCAAGGCCGGCCGCCUCGACCGCCGCUAUGCUGGUAUCACCGACUGCUUCAAGCGCGUCACCGCCGACGAGGGUGUCAUGUCCCUCUGGCGUGGCAACACUGCCAACGUCAUCCGUUACUUCCCUACCCAGGCCUUGAACUUCGCUUUCCGUGACAAGUUCAAGAAGAUGUUCGGCUACAAGAAGGACAAGGAUGGCUACGCCAAGUGGAUGGCUGGUAACCUUGCCUCCGGUGGUGCCGCUGGUGCCACUUCCCUCCUCUUCGUCUACUCCCUUGACUACGCCCGUACCCGUCUGGCCAACGACUCCAAGUCUGCCAAGGGUGGCGGUGCCCGUCAGUUCAACGGUCUCAUCGACGUCUACAGAAAGACUCUCGCCGCUGACGGCAUCCGCGGUCUCUACCGUGGCUUCGGUCCUUCCGUUGCCGGUAUUGUCGUCUACCGUGGUCUCUACUUCGGCAUGUACGACUCCAUCAAGCCCGUCCUCCUUGUCGGUGACCUCCAGAACAACUUCCUUGCCUCUUUCGCCCUUGGUUGGUGCGUCACCACCGGUGCCGGUAUCGCCUCUUACCCCCUUGAUACCGUCCGUCGUCGCAUGAUGAUGACCUCCGGUGAGGCUGUCAAGUACAAGUCCUCUUUCGAUGCCUUCCAGCAGAUCGUCCGCAAGGAGGGUGUCAAGUCUCUCUUCAAGGGUGCCGGUGCCAACAUCCUCCGUGGUGUCGCCGGUGCUGGUGUCUUGUCCAUCUAUGACCAGCUCCAGGUCCUCAUGUUCGGCAAGGCCUUCAAGGGUGGUUCCGGCUAAAUGCACUUAGCCAUUGUACAAACACAACAAUGACAGGGGAGGAUGGUGGCGGUUUUGGGGAAGAAGAGAUGGGUAGACAGGGUGGAUCCGUUCGUGGCCGCAUGGACGUGCUGGGACGGUGGAAAAACACUUGCGGGUUAAAAUUGGGCAUGUCUGGCGUUAUGGGACGCGGAUGGGCCGAGGGUUACUCGCUGUAAUUUAUACUCUUUCAGCCAUUCCUGGUGUAUUCCUCGUCACGAUGGGAUUGCUUUGCCACUCCUGGCUAUUUCCUUUGGUUGCAUGCGAAUCAUAGAUCCUUGACAGUACUGAAUUUGCGGUUUAGAGUGAUUUUUCUCCUUGCCUACU